CAACCAUCGCCAUAUUGGGAUCCUAAGAGUCUCGUCUGCUCCUUCCACUCUCUUAUUUGACUCAGAGGAGAUAUUGACAGGGUGUUGUUUGCUUUUUGCAGCUGUGGGUUUUGCCGUUGCAGAUUUGAUGGUGGUCACCCUUUUGCGCGCAUCGCCGCACUGACUCGCCACUGUUACCGCCGGGAAGGACUGCUUCUUUCUGCGCACGGCAUGCCUGCGUUUGCGGCGAUCGCUGCCUCUACGCCAGCUUUGGAUCGUGCUUGAAUCGGACGAGGGGGGAAAUACGUGGUAAUUUUCUGCAGUGAUUUUGGGUACUUCUGUUGUUCUUAUUUUUUUUGUUUCUCCCAAACACGGAAAAUGUCAGAUGUGCGGCUCUCGAAUGGGAGUCCCCCCCUGGAGAGGAUGGAGGCGCGGGUGUCGGACUUCCCGAAGCCGUCAGCCUGCAGGGUGCUGUUCGGGAUGCCGAACCAUGAGGAGCUGCAGCGGGAGUUAAGCGAGCGCCUGCGGGAGAUCGAGGAGGCCAAAAGCGACAAGUGGAAUUUCGACUUUGCGGCUCACAGGCCGCUCCCGCCCGGGAGGUACAAGUGGGAGCCGGUGGACGACGCCCCCGAGUUUUACGGCGGACCGCGCUGCACGCCAGCGGACUCCCGGCCAGCGGACGCUGCAGCGGAGAACGGCGUGGAUGUUAAUGGACACGGCGGCUCGGUGCAGGAGAGCGCCGGAGCCCGGCCGCCUGAACACAUCUCGGAAGGGCAAACGGACUGCAAGGAGCGGGCGACGAGUCAGAAGAGAAAGCGAGCGAGUGCCGAUUGCUCGUCGCAAAAAAAACGAUCGCGGAACAGUUCGGAUGAAGUUAUUCGUAACCCAGUUGUCCCCCAUUCGGUUGAAAACACACCCAGGAAAUCCAGCCCAAAGACUCAAACGUGAGCAUUACGAGCUGAAGAUAAACAACAAUGUCACAGAAUACUUCAGUAAAAAGGAACUGCAGAUGGAUGAGGGGAACCGAUUUCAUUCGGACUCUUCCAAGGAUGUGGAGACUUAGACACUGAAUUAAAACACUAACAGUCUGGCACUCAGCAAAAGUUAAUCUGCCUCUAUAGCAGUAAAUGUAGCAAUUUGCAGUUAGCCUCUGCUAAUUUUGGCCGUUGUUUUUUUUUUUUAAACUACCUGUGUAUAUAUUUUUCUAUUCAUAUGUAGCACAUAAACGUUUUUAUUACGGAGAAUUUUUUCCCCCUUUGUAUAAAAGUGUGAAUUUUUGAUUUGACUUGAAGGCUUGCAUUGUAGUUCUCAGAAUAUUGCAAAAAAAAAAAAAAUGGAAGGUGUCAAAUCCUUUAGUAGAUAAUUUGCAUGAAAGCGAUGCAAACAAAAUUUACAAAUCAGGGU